AUGUUACCAAUCACAGCAGGUGAAACAGAAUCUGCUCACAACGAUCUUCCCGGUGUUCGAAUCGUAGGAGGCGACGAUGCCGAGCCGGGCCAGUUCCCUUACCAGGCCUCAGUCCAAUUCUGCCUCCAGGGUGUCUGUUCGCACGUCUGCGGUGGCGCCAUCAUCGGUUCCCUAUGGGUCCUGACAGCUGUUCACUGUAUCACUCAAGCCCCCGAUGUUGGCAGCUACCAGAUUCUAGUCGGCGUCCUGGACCUAGACGUUGACAACCCGGAGAGACUUGUGGCCUAUUCACCUAUUUGGAAAAAUUUCAUGCAAGUAAUUCCUUACAGCAAUCCCGAAAUAAGGAGGGGCCCCAUCCUGUUGAAACCAAAUAUUAUCUGCUGGAGCAUCAUUAUUUAUGUAAAGUUAUGGUAUUUGUAA